UGUUCCUUUUCCCUAAUCGGUAGCAAUCGCGCGUCCCGUUCGGUAAUCUGCGCAACCCUAAUUGCGUCUCGUCUCUCCCUCUCUCUCCGUCCUUGGAAGGGGUCGCCUCGUGUUUUGCGCUCGCCGGCGAUAGGUGCGACAGCGACGAUAGAAAGGGAGCGAGGAGGGGGGAACCGCUGGGUUAGGGAUUUGAUAGUUGAAUGGCAAAGCAAGGUCAAGGGGCGGGGUUGGAGAUGGCGGCGUUGGACGACAUCAUAAAGAGGUUGUUGGAUUUCAGGAACACCCGGGCGUGCAAGCAGGUCCAGCUCACCGAGCCCGAGAUCCGCCAGCUCUGUACGGCCUCCCGCGACAUCUUCCUCUCCCAGCCCAAUCUUCUCGAGCUCGAAGCUCCCAUCAAGAUCUGCGGUGACAUUCAUGGGCAGUAUUCUGAUCUUUUGAGGCUUUUUGAAUAUGGAGGUUUCCCUCCUCAUGCCAACUAUCUAUUUCUAGGAGAUUACGUGGAUCGUGGGAAGCAAAGUCUGGAGACAAUCUGCCUUCUGCUUGCCUACAAAAUUAAGUACCCUGAGAAUUUCUUCCUUUUACGAGGAAAUCACGAGUGUGCAUCUAUUAAUCGGAUAUAUGGGUUUUAUGAUGAAUGUAAACGCCGCUUCAAUGUUAAACUUUGGAGGACGUUUACCGAUUGUUUCAACUGUCUUCCAGUAGCCGCUCUUAUAGACGACAAGAUAUUAUGCAUGCAUGGUGGCCUUUCCCCCGAUUUAACAAAUUUAGAUCAAAUUAGAAACUUGCCACGCCCGACUGAUGUUCCAGAUUCGGGUCUACUCUGCGAUUUGCUUUGGUCAGAUCCUGAUAGAGAUGUCAAAGGCUGGGGAAUGAAUGAUCGAGGCGUCUCAUAUACCUUUGGCCCAGAUAGAGUGUCCGAAUUCUUGACAAAGCAUGAUAUGGACCUUGUUUGUCGUGCCCAUCAGGUUGUUGAGGAUGGGUAUGAAUUCUUUGCUGAUAGACAACUGGUGACCAUAUUCUCUGCUCCCAAUUAUUGUGGUGAAUUUGACAACGCCGGUGCAAUGAUGAGCGUGGAUGAAAGCUUAAUGUGCUCAUUUCAAAUUCUUAAACCUGCCGAUAAAAAAGCUAAAUUCAUCUGAACAAUGGUGCAAUGAUUGCUGCUGGAGCACCUCCAAAAUUGCAAUAGCUCGCAUCAUUUGGUGACUUGGGCACGUAACUUGGAAUUGGAGGAUAGAAACGACUGCUGGUAUUGAAGCUCCCGUGGCACAUAUCUUGUCUGUUUUAUCAUGAUUUACGUUUGGGGUCUUCGAAAUGGUGAUCAAAAGGGGAGGAAUGCUACGUGGGAGCUUUAGCUUGUUAGUGGCAGCAUGAAAAAGAUUUGAGUUUCCUUUUUGCGAUUAUAACUUACUGGAUUGUGGUGCCCGAUCUUAAAACGUGUGAUUGUAAAUGACAUUACAAUUGUAGAUUGUGGACGCCUGUAGAAGAAUUUUUCAUCUCACUUCCUAGAUGUAAACCUUUGUUUUGCUCAUAAAAGGGCCAGGCAAUUGUGAUUUCUUUCUAGUCCUAAUGGUUUGGAUACAAAA